UGGGCGGUUUUCCACCCAUUGCCUCCCUUGCUCCUGCUCUACGCUUCUUCUACUUUUUGUUUGUGCUGGGUGUCUUCCGUCUCCUGGAUUUUCUUACUUCUGCAGCCCAGCCACCUCGUCCAAACACAAUGUACCACUGAUGUCCAGUCAGUCUUGCAAGGCAGCAAGUAGCAUCUCUCCACGGUGGCACCGCCAAGCCCAAGCCAUACGACACAGCACAGGCGCCUCGACGACGUGCUGCCCUUUGAUCUGCUCACACGGUACCACUCACUGCCAAGCGGCCAUCUCCUGAAAUGCCGGCAUUCAACGCAUACCGGAUCAAGCGCCAGGCAAACCUCCUCAGUCGGCAGAGCGGCCCGUUUGCGCAUAUCCAAUGGCGUAAAAAACAGAAUAGCACCUUCCCCUUGGACGUUGAGCAAGGCCACGCUGUCACUGCGGGGGACAACGAGGAGGGCUCGUCACCCCUCACUCACAUCAACUCGGCCCCUGCUGGAGCAUUCUCUUCCAGGGAUGGUUACAAGGAGAGAGAUUCUGACAGCGCCGGCGCCGCCGCUGCUGCUACUACCGAGACUGCAUCGACCGCACCGCCAGCCAACGACGCCCAGCUACGGAACCGGAAGCCCGAGAUACCCAGGCUAGACACGGGCCUCGCCCGCAGCAGCACCGCGAAGCAGGAGGAGCCGGAGGAGGAGAAGCCCAAGAAGAAGGGCUCAAAGUUCCUCAAGCACGUCGAGCCCAAGGAGCCCUUCACCGUGGCGAACCAGCUGCAGCGCACCUUUCUCAACUCGUGGAUCAACGUGCUGCUCGUCGCUGCCCCGGCCGGCAUCGCGCUGCACUUUGCCCACGCGAGCCCCAUCCUCAUCUUCACCAUCAAUUUCAUCGCCAUCAUCCCGCUGGCCGCGCUGCUCGGCUUCGCGACCGAGGAGAUCGCGCUGCGCACGGGCGACACGCUCGGCGGCCUGCUCAACGCGACCUUUGGCAACGCCGUCGAGCUCAUCGUGGCCAUCAUCGCGCUCAUGGACAACCAGGUCACCAUCGUGCAGACGUCGCUCAUCGGCAGCAUUCUGUCCAACCUCCUGCUCGUGCUGGGCAUGUGCUUCUUCUUCGGCGGCCUGCGCCGCACCGAGCAGCACUUCAACAUCACCGUCGCCCAGACCGCCGCCAGCCUGCUCGCCCUGGCCGUCGCGGGCGUCAUCGUGCCGACCGUCUUCGACCGCUCCAGCAGCACCCCGGACCUCGACGUGGCCAUGCUGUCGCGCGGCGUCUCGGUCAUCCUGCUCGUCGUCUACGCCGCCUACCUCUUCUUCCAGCUGCACACCCACCAUGAGGUCUUUAGCGAGGAGAGCCAAAAGGUCCCCGCCAAGCCCUUCCGCCGCCGCGGCAGCAGCGAUUCCGGCAACCCGGCCCGCCACGGCAUCGCCCAGGGGCUCGCCGGCGCCGGCCGCGGCCUCGUCGGCUCCGCCAUCACCCCCGUCGACGCCCGCCAGAAGGAGCAACUGAACAACAUGCUGAUGCAGCCAGCGCAUGAUGCCGCAGCCGAGCGGGAGGCGGCCGCCGCGCGCGGGGGCGGCGCCGACCAAGACGACGAGGAGGAGCCGCAGCUGCAUUUUCUGGUUGCCCUGGCCCUGCUUGCCGGAUCGACGAUUAUCAUCGCUUUCUGCGCCGAGUUUCUUGUGGACAGCAUUGACUACGUUACUUCUAAGGGAGGCAUCAGCAAGGAGUUCCUGGGUCUGAUUCUUCUACCCAUUGUCGGCAACGCUGCCGAGCACGCGACGGCAGUCUCGGUCGCCAUCAAGGAUAAGCUGGAUCUUGCCAUCGGAGUAGCUGUUGGCUCAAGCAUGCAGGUUGCCCUCUUCUUGAUCCCGCUUCUGGUCAUAAUAGGAUGGGGCAAGGGAAUUGUUGCAAUGGGGCUUAGCUUCGACAUCUUCCAAGUGGCCGUCUUGUUCGUGUCCGUCCUUCUGGUCAACUACCUGAUCGCGGACGGGAAGAGCCACUGGCUCGAGGGGAUGUUGCUGAUCUGCCUCUAUGCCAUCAUUGCUGUCUGUUCGUGGUGGUACCCGACCUCCGAGGCUCACAAUGGUGGCAACAGCGGUGGCGCUUGAGCAAGAUUGAAGGAAUCAGUGGACAGGGGCUCGUGGGGAUUUAAUUCUGCUUUUCGCACAUACGCAUAAAAUACAGCCUGUAAUAGAUAUCCCUUCUUACCCUGCCCCCUUCCUCUGAACUUGCGUCAGCAGAAGAACGCAUACUCGCCCUUCCGGGUGUUGUAUAGUAAACCAAGAAAGAUAGAUGGCCCCUCUUUUCAUAUCACAGCCGCAUGUAGAGAGCAUGGAGAAGUUCUAGUUUGGCAACAAAAUCCGAUUUUAUAGGUGUCCA